AUGGCGGAUUUUUUGGUUGAAGUAACAGGAGACCCAGGCGAAGACAUGGGUACACGGUGGAAGCUCCAUGUGGACGGAGCCUCCAACCAGACCUUCGGAGGAGCCGGGAUCAUCCUAGAAAGUCCAAACGGGGUCGUAUACGAACAAUCGGUCAGAUUCGAGUUCCCCAUCUCGAACAACCAAGCAGAAUACGAAGCCCUCAUAGGAGGCUUGACCCUAGCAACAGAGGUCGGCGCAAAAAGGCUGGAAGUAUGCAGCGAUUCCCAAGUCGUCACUUCCCAAGUAAACGGCAGCUAUCAAGCCAAGGACCCCUUGUUGCAGAACACGAAGCCAGGGGAGGGAAACCGGUCUCUCAUCCAAGGCAUGACAAGGGAACCUGCAAUUGCACUACACAUAACAACCCUAAGUCCUUCAUGGCUAGACCCCAUCACCAACUACCUAGAACACGGCCAAGUCCCUGGUGACGAAAAGGAUGCGGUGAAAUUAAGGAGAGAAGCGGCCAAAUACGCCGUCAUCCAAGGACAGCUGUUCAGAAAAGGGCUCAGCCAGCCCCUACUGAAGUGCCUACACCCCGACCAAACGGACUACGUCCUCAGGGAAGUCCACGAGGGCUGCUGUGGGCACCACAUUGGAGGAAAAGCCCUAGCAAGGAAGUUGAUCCGAGCUGGGUACUACUGGCCGUCGAUGAUGGCAGAUUCCAAAGAGUUUGUCAAAAAGUGCAUAAAAUGCCAACAGAACGCCAACUUUGCCAAGGCACCGGCAAACGAGUUGAGCUUGCUGACGACUUCCCGGCCGUUCGCUCAGUGGGGAAUCGACCUCUUAGGGCCCUUCCCUGUCGGCCCUGGGCAGGUGAUAACACGGUUCGGGAUACCAGAAGUCGUCAUCUCGGACAACGGCACACAAUUUGCUGACAAAAAGUUCACAGAAUUUCUCAACGGCCUAGGUAUAAGGCAAAGGUUCUCUUCGGUAGAACACCCUCGGACGAACGGACAAGUGGAGUCCGCCAACAAGGUUAUCCUUUCAGGGCUAAAAAAGAGGUUGGACAACAAAAAGGGUGCUUGGGCCGACGAGCUGGCAUCGGUCCUCUGGUCUUACUGA